GGCCUCGGCCUGGUGCCUGCCCUGCCAGGUGCAGCCAUGCAAGAAAGCAUACGUUUUGCUUCAUCAGGAGAUGACGUUAAAAUAUGGGAUUCCUCAUCUCUAACUGUGGUGGAGCAGUUCAACCCACAUACACCCCCACAUCCAGUCAGCUCACUAUGUUGGGCCAGCAGUAAUAGAUACCUGGCCACUGCUUCUGCUGCUGGUGAUAAAAUAGUUGUUUCAAGCUGUAAAAGCAAACCUGUUCCACUCUUUGAAAUAGCUGAAGGAGCAAAACAGACAUGUGUGAGCUUGAAUUCUAGCUCUUCAUAUAUUGUGAGUGGAGGCCUUGAUAACACAGUUAAUAUCUGGGAUCUGAAAUCCAGAAGGGUUUAUCGUAGCCUUAAGGAUCAUAAAGAUGAAGUCACCUGUGUUACAUAUAAUUGGAAUGAUUGCUACAUUGCUUCUGGAUCUUUGAGUGGUGAAAUCAUCCUACACAGUGUUACUACCAAUUUAUCAAGUACUCCCUUUGGGUAUGGCAGCCAUCAGCCUAUUCGACACUUGAAAUAUUCAUCCUUUAAGAAAUCUUUGCUGGGCAGUGUUUCUGACAGUGGAAAUGUAACUCUGUGGGAUGUAAAUAGCCAGAACCCAUAUCAUAAUUUUGAAAAUACGCAUAAAGCACCAGCUUCAGAAAUCUGCUUUUCUCCAGUCAAUAAGCUGCUGCUUGUAACUGUAGGUUUGGAUAAAAGAAUUAUUCUCUAUGACACUUCAAGUAAAAAAUUACUGACAACAAUAGUAGCUGAUUUUCCUCUGACAACAGUAGACUUCAUGCCCGAUGGUACUACUUUGGCUAUAGGAUGUUCCCGGGGAAAAAUCUGCCAGUACGACUUAAGACAACUGACAUCACCAGUGAAAACAGUUGUUGCUCACAAAGGCUGUGUGAAAUGCAUACGUCUUCAGUUCAGUAGCACUUUUUCCAAGUCUAACCUUACGGGUUCUUCAAAUAAACCUGUAUCCAAAAGAGUAGAAGUCAAAGCUGGUAGUAAUCUUGGAGGAAUUCAAAACGUUGGCAUCAAAAACAUUGCCUCUCAAGCAUCAGCAACAGUUUCAUCUCAUCUGACAUUGCCAAAUGAGAAUAAGGGAGGAGAGGUUCUUCAGGAGAAAACAGGCUUUCCCCAUAGCUGCAGCUUGGAUGUGAUUCCAUCUAAAGAAACAGAUCAUGGAAAAAGUGCUGAUAUAAAUAAUUUUGAUGAUUUGGGUCGAAGUAGUUUAGGAGAUGUGUUUUCUCCAGUCAGAGAUGAUAUUAUUGCAAGUAAAACAAAUGAAGAUCCUCAAGGAAAAGGAGAUGGUCUGGAUUUUCAGUCCUACCUUUCGGGUUUGGAUUUUCUCCCACAGCUCACCACUGCCUUACCAGUAAAAAGAAACCCAGUGAGCAGUAGUGCACAAGGGAUACGGUCUAGCUCAUUACAUGCACUUGUGGGAUCUCCAGUUAAAGAAGAAGAACAUCCAGAGACUGACACUAAGAAAAUAAGUCUUGGAAAACAGGAAUCUAAAGAAGUCUUAAAGCAGCUUUCAAAAUCAAGCUCAUCAAGUGCGGAAUCUGUAACUUUAAGUCCUCCACCAUCAUCCACUGCUGUAAAUGCUCCUGAUACAAAUGAGAGACUAGUGAAGAAUAUUCAGGCUCCUCCUGCAUAUGAUCUCCCAGUAAAUGGUACUACCUCAAUAAGUCCAAAGAUAACAUCACCUGUUACUGCUGGAGUUGCCAGUUCAUUGUCAGAAAAAAUAGCAGAAACCAUUGGGAGUAGCAGACCAAAUGCACCUCUGACAUCAAUCCAAAUAAACUUCAUUCAGAAUAUGAUACAAGAAACAAUGGAUGAUUUCAGAGAAGCAUGUCAUCGAGAUAUUGUGAAUUUGCAAGUGGAGAUGAUCAAGCAGUUCCAUAUGCAGUUGAAUGAAAUGCAUGCUUUACUUGAAAGAUACUCUGUAAAUGAAAGCUUAGUAGCUGAAAUUGAGAGACUACGAGAGGAAAACAAAAGACUGAAGACUCACUUCUGAAAGUCUUGCACUGCUAAUUUUAUUAGCAUGAACUCAUUGCAGGUGGUGUGUUGCUUAUGACAGAUCAUCCAUCAUCGCUGAAGUAUUGUAUGAAGACCUGCUAUUAUUUUGAACAUGAAUCUCUUCUAAAUAAAUAGUGUAAGAUGCUGUAUGUAAAAUUUGUAAUAGAUAAACACUGUGUAAAGAACGCUUGCAUACUCAUGCUAACCGCCUUGAAAUACACUCUUCUAACAGAAAAACUAAAAGUUCUAGCAAUAUGUGAAGUGCCUUUUUGUAAACAAAAUCAAACCAGGAUGGAUGCCUUUUCUGUAAGAACUUUUUGAUAUAUCUACUUUUCUAUCUGCUGCUUUAUUUUACUGCUGUCAGAAACAAUCACUGUAGCUUGCCUUUCAGAUACUUUUCUUGGAGAAAAAGAGGAGAGAAAGCUCAUCUUCUGCAUGACAUGGAGCCUUGUUUAUAAGGAGCUGGAAAGUACAGUUGUCAAUUAACUUCACUCGACUGGCAGCUCUUCUAUCCUGAGUAAAACUAGAACUUGAAUAUAUUCCCAAAUUCAGUGCCAUGACCUUUCUUAUUAUUUCUGAAGUCUGAAAUUUGUGCUUGUCUGCUGUGAACUUUGAUGUUGCAAAUGCUACUUCAACUGCACAAUGAGAUUUUUUGUUACAACUUCAGCUUUGAAACUAGAAUUCUUAUAAUUUACAUAUAUUUUAAUAUUGUCAUAGCUUGUCCAAUUUGAAUGCAACUUUAGACUUCAAGAUGUAGGUAUCGACAGCCGUUAAUAAUAUAGCAUUGUGUAAAUGCGGUCAUUCAGUCCUUGACUCAAGCAUCUUUUGCACUCCCCCUUUCCUUUUUUUUCUUAGUGGAUAACACUUAAGAUUGAGCAGUUUUGUUGUAGUUUUGAAUCUUGUUUGUUUAGCAUUAUUGUAGCCUUUUUGAGAUAGCUGCAUACCAAAUCUAACUAGUAUGUUAGUUGUAUGAUUAACAUAACACAUAUUGAAGAGAAUAAUUACUUCAGCAGCAUAAUGAUAUCAUACUGGUGUGUAAACAUUUCUGAAAUGAAGCUCAGUAUGAAGUCCUGACUCUGCUGAAGUUCAUGGGAGGUUUGGCUUGGCCUUUAUUUGUGCUAAGAGAUUAAAUUAAAACUCCAAUUUAAUUUAAAAAUUAAAAUUUUAAAUUAAAUUAAAAAUUUCUAUGAAAGACUUCUACAAGUGCUUCUUGCUAUUUAAGUUGUUCUGGAAGCUUCUUAAUUUUCCCACUAAUAUUCCAUUGUUUCUUUUGACACACUCAAACAAGGGAAGUCUGAGAACAUGUUGAGUUAAUAAUUAGUUACAACAUCUAGUGUUUAAACCAUGAUGGCACUCUUCU